AUGAACAACUAUUGCCACAAGGUCUAUCGACAUGGGGAUAGGAGCCCUAUUAAAACAUACCCCACAGACCCGUACGGGGAGUCCAUCUGGCCACAAGGAUUCAGCCAACUGACCAAUGCAGGUAAGAGGCAGCACUUUGAAUUAGGUAAGUUUUUAAGGAGUAGAUACAUAGAUGGUAAACCGUACAGACUAUUGAAUUCAUCCUAUAAUAGAUAUGAGACAGAAAUACGCAGCACAGACACAGAUCGAACUCUGAUGAGUGCGUACUCAAACCUGGCAGGUCUCUACCCACCAGCAGACGGGCAGAUCUGGAAUGAUGAGCUGGCCUGGCAACCCAUUCCUGUGCACACAGUUCAGAAUAGUCUAGAUUAUCUGCUCAACAUGGAAGUUGAUUGUCCAAGUUAUGAGAGAAUCUACCAGGGCGUCAUGCAUGGCGAUGAGGUGCAGCAAAUCAUGACGAAGUAUAAGAAUUUUUUCGACUUUGUGAAGGAGAAAUCGGGAAAGCAGGAUGUUGACAUGAGCAACCUGUGGGAAAUAAGUGAUGCAUUGAGGUGUCAGAACAUCCACAAUUUCACGAUACCAAGCUGGGCCCACGAGAAAGUUGAUGGUGAGGAUGUAUUUGAGACUAUGAUGUUUCUCAACGGUCCUUCAUUUGCCCUACAGUACAAUAGAGAUGAUGAGGCUAGGUUGAAAGGAGGUGCGUUGGUCGGUCGGUCGGUUGGUUGGUUGUUGAAAUUAACUGCUCCGAUCUUUAAAUUUAUUAUAAUUUAUUCAUUAAUAAAGCACGAUGAUACAUUGGCAGCCUUGAUGGGCACCAUGAAUAUUUAUGACGAAUUAACUCCUCCCUAUGCAUCCUGCCUAUUGGUUGAGAUAUUUAAAAAGAACGAGAAUAAAAACAAAAGCAACCAAUACGAUGAUUACUACGUGAAGGUUUCUUACAGGAAUGAUACCAGUGUAGAUCCGUACAUCUUGAAAUUACCUGAGUGUCCAGUAAAUUGUCCGCUUCUCCAGUUCAUUAAAGUGACCAAGAAGAACGUUCCAGAUGAUUGGAAGGCUGAAUGCAUCAAAAGUAAAAUUCCAGUCAUUUGUUCAUUUUUUUUAUUUUUACAUUUUGUUUAUUUAUUUUUACAUUUUAUUUAUUUAUUCAUUCAUAAUGUUAUUCAUUCAUUCAUUCGUUCAUUCAUUCAUUCACUUAUUUAUUUUUGUUUAUUCGUUGAGUCAGUCAUGUUUCAGUCAAUCGAAUAA